AUGGGUGAAAAGUCCGAGGUUGUGAAAAUUAAUAAAUGGGAUGGUGCAGCAGCAAAAAAUGCUAUUGAUGAUGCGAUUAGAGAGGUGCUAACAGACGAUCUGAAAUGCAAAGAAACCUAUGCAAUCAUUGAUGGACGUCUCUUUCUGUGUACUCUAGCUGUUGGUGUAGCUGCUUGUGCAUUGUUAUGGGACUAUUUCUACCCAUUUCCUCAGUCCAGGGAAGUUCUCAUCAUUUGUGUCUCCUUUUACUUUAUUUCAAUGGGAGUUCUCACUUUGUAUACAACAUUCAAGGAAAAAGGCAUAUUUGUUGUUGCUAAGGAGAAAGUUGGAAACAUUUACAGAACAUGGGAAGCAAGUUCAUAUGUGAAAAAACAUGACGACAAGUACAAUUUGGUUAUAGUAAUGCGCGAUUCAAAUGGAAAAGUCCGGGAGGCCAACAUUACAAAAUCAUUUGCCAAUUUUAUUGACACAAAUGGCACUAUCGUCCAAAAUUUGGUUUUUAAUGAAAUCAACAAGCUCUACAAUUCACUUUCUUCUGAGAAAAAGGAGAAGUGA